CCUGUACAGGUCGACAAAACCGAUAACUAUUUGCUUAGAAGGGAGCGACCGUAUUUCAUUUCAGUCCGGCUUUAUUUUACACUUACAACCAUGGCAGAAACAAAAGAACUAGACAACAGCAGUAUCACGUCCAGCGUUGAAGAAGAUCAGGAGUCAGUUGAAAUCAGCAACAAGUAUGAUGGCACUCAGAUCAAGAAUGCAGUAGAUGACCAAGUUCGCAAACACUUUGGUAGUGACAAGAGCGGCUAUGUGGAAGGACACGUGCAUACGGACAUCAAGCUCUUGCUAGGGUAUUCGUCGUGUAUACUUGCAGGAGCGGCGUUCCUGUUUGAAUAUUAUACCAGCUUUCAAGAAGCAAAACCUGUUUUGUUGUGCUCGGUUAUUGUGUUUUGGCUGUUACAGGGCGUUUCAUGGGCAUACAGCAUCUUUGUUGAACAAAACGAGAUUUUCGUGGGAUACAAAAAUGAUCCAAAGACGCGUGAUCGUCAAGGCAUCUUGACCAUCUCAAGCGAGAUGUCACGCUAUUCGCCCAUGUAUACCAUCCACAUGCAAUACCAGGACCAGAUAUUGCACAAGACAACCAAGAUCAAGCUGGAGAAGAAUGUGUCGUCUUGGUUUACGGAGGACGGUGUGUUGGCAGCAGAACUUGUUGAUAAGGACUUGGAGAAACAGGCAGCAUCCUUGUUGCGUCAGGUCCAUCAGGAUUGAAAGAAAAAUUAAUAAAAGAGAGUGUAACAGAAAUUGCCCACCAAAAAUAAAAUUUAGGC